UGUGUGUGUGCGUGUAGGAGGAAUCACAGCUAAAGGCAGAGAGGCCUCCACAAUUCCCAGGGAACCAAAAUGUAGACAGAAAGGAAAGGGGAAGGAGGAGAAGCGGGAGGCUGGAAUGAGAUGAGAGAGAGGGAGGGUCCUGAGCAGAGAGACCGCCUCCAGCGCAUGUGACCCAGCUAAAGACUCCUGCCCCUGGAGGAGGCUCAGCGCAGAGGAAGGAAGGACAGCAGAGCUGAAGCACCUGGACAGCAGGGCUUGUGAGCAUUUUGGGAUCCCAAGCUCUUCUCACAGAGGGAGGGACAGAACAGGCAGCAGACACCAUGGAGCCCCCCUCAGCCCCUCCUCACAGAGGGCACAUCCCCUGGCAGGGGCUUCUGCUGGCAGCCUCACUCAUAAGCUUCUGGAACCCGCCCACCACUGCCCAACUCACUAUUGAAUCGGUGCCGACCGAUGCUGCUGAAGGGAAGGAAGUUCUUCUAGUUGUACACAAUCUGCCUGGGAAUCUCCUAGGCUAUGGCUGGUUCAAAGGGGAAAUAGAUUCCAAUCAACAAAUUGCAUCAUAUGUGAUAGACACACAAGAAAUGACACCAGGGCCUGUAAACAAUGGUCAAGAGAUAAUAUUCCCCAAUGGAUCACUGCUGUUCCAGAAUGUCACCCAGGAGGACACAGGAUACUACACCCUACCAGUCAUAAAGAUAAAUUUUCAAAGUGAACUAGGAACUGGACAGCUCCACGUAUACUCGGAGUUAACCAAACCCAACAUCACAUGCAACAGCUCCAACCCCGUGGAGCACAGGGACCCUAUAGUGUUAACAUGUGAACCUGAGACUCAGAACACCACCUACCUGUGGUCGAUCAACAAUCAGAGCCUCCCGGACAGCGCCUGGCUGAAGCUGUCCCCAGACAACAGGACUCUCACUUUACUCCAUGUCACAAGGAAUGACACAGGACCCUAUGAGUGUGAAACCUGGAACCCAGUGAGUGCUCGUCGCAGUGACCCAUUCUACCUCAGUGUUCUCUAUGGCCCGGAUGCCCCCACCAUUUCCCCCUCAGACUCCUAUUACCAGCAAGGGGCAAACCUCAGCCUCUCCUGCCACGCGGCCUCUAACCCACCUGCACGGUAUUCUUGGCUUAUCAACGGGAGGCCCCAGCAAUCCACCCAGGAGCUCUUUAUCCCCAACAUCAGUGCGAAUGACAGUGGAUCCUACACCUGCCUCGUCCAUAACUCUGUCACUGGCCUCAAUAGGACCACAGUCAAGACCAUCACAGUCUCUGAUGUUCCAACACAAGGAAAUGCUGCUGGCCUCUCAGCUGGGGCUAUUGACGACAUCAUGGUUGGAUUCCUGGCUGGGAUAGCUCUGAAGGCUCCGGUGUACUUUCUGCACAUUUAAAACAUUAGAGAAUCGAUGAAGUGGCAUUUUCUUCCCUGAACUUCAAUGCCCAGGAAUCAAAGAAACCAACUUUAGCCUCCCCACCCUCAUCAGCUACAGAAACAGUUUAUUCAGAAGUAAAAAAGAAGUACUGCAACCUGCCCUGUUUGCUGCCCUGAUGACAUUCCAAUCUUCUCAUCCCCAUCACUGGAAGGAUAGCUUUACCCUCAAGGAAAAGAAGCUUCUUCCUCCACCCCACAACUUCCAAAUGAGGCACCUCCAAGCUGCCCAGUCACAGCCCCUCCCUUCAGUGUCAAUACAUGAAAAGGUAAGGCUAGGAGUCUGUAGGAAACCCAGUCUUUCCAAUCCUUGAACUUAGGCAAAGCAUACCAUGAGAGAAAGUUGCCAGAACAUCCCUCCCCUCCCCCUCUCCUGACCUAAACUAGUUUUAAAUUUAACUAUUCAGAGCACAAUAACCUCCCCGUCCCAGUCCUGUCUAACUUGAAUUUGCCAUAACCCUGAGACAUAUGUCUUUAUCUACUGAAAUGCAUGUGCCAGAAAGGAAUAGAGAAAAAGUAAAAGUAAAAACUUCUCCUGUGUCUACAAAGCCCAGGGUGAGCCCAUGAGACACAGGAAAAGAAAUAUAUAACCAAUUCUGAACUAAGAAAAAAUUCUACACAUUUGUCCACUGCAGCAUUGUCUACCCAUAGGACCAGGGCCUAAGAACCUUGCUGCUUAGCUGGAAUACCACAUAAGCCCAUGGCUUGCCUGUCUUCAGAGAACUCACUAGAAGCAACUAGAAAAAUUAUUUUUCCAGUUUCACAGGUGAGUCCUAAUGGAAAAUGAAAAAAAAAAUGCAUGUAACUUUCAAUCACUUUAAGGGCUUUAUUCAAGUAAAUGCCCACAGAAGGGGAGGUUACGGCUUUAGGGAGGAGUCAGCUGGUAACAGAGACAACUUGCUGGGAAUCUGGGAAAGGAAUCAGAGAGCUACCCUUCAGAUAUUAUUUAAAUAAGUGUUAAAAAUGCACAAUUUACAGAAUUGGGUUUUUUCUCUAUAGUCUGAGACAUUCUGCCAUUUAAUUUUUGUAACUGCUUAUUUAUGUGAGAGGGGUUAUUUUUACUUAGCUUAGCUGUGUAAGUCAAUCUGACUGCCUUAGAUGAAAGAAGCCACCAAAACUCCUCAAGUCCCCUUGGCCAGGAGCUCCUCAAGGCUUUUAUGUCAGGGGCUCCAAACAGAAAAGAAGAAGAAGCCAUUUUCCUCAUUCAUGGCUAGAAAUGGAUCUAACUCAGUUUCCAGGCAUCUCAGGCCAAUCACCAGCCUCCAUUCUACCCCAUGUAUCUGCCUGUGUAUGUUCUGUCAGCCCUACUCACUUUCUCAGGAAACUUUGGCCCCUGCUAAGGUGCAUUUGGUCCUGUGAAGUGGGAGUGCUUGAAGGGAACACUGUCACUCAUGCCAUUGGCAUCAUUUACAACCUAGAAAGCUGCACUGGUGUUGAUGCCCCUUAGGACACAAGGGGAAUAUUAUCACUGGGCCCUAGGCUUCUUGAAGACCCUGUGAAAUUCGUUUUCCCCCAUGGGGUCUAUGAGUCCCAGUGUGUCUUAGGAUAAAAGGAAGGGCAGGACAAGGAGAGGCAAAUGCACUUCCCACCCAGCCUUCUUCUGCACAGAUGGAAUCUCUUUGGGGCUGUUGAGAGAAAGGUUUUACUCAAUAUUUAUUACUUGAUCUCAUGCUGUGUCUAAGAGACCCCCUCAAAGAGGGUUAUUUGGGAGUUCUCUGUGCUCAGUACCUCAUUCAGGGUUUUCUAACCCUGACACACACUGUAUGGACUUCCUCUCAUCCACACUAUUCUGUGUUGUUUAAUUUUGCCUGGCUAAGGCUAUUUUGGAAUUAUUUGUAAAAUCUGCUCUAUAUUUAUAAUAAAAAUUAUAUAUCAGACGUCAA